AUGACGAAACGCGAUACGGACCAGCAAAGGAUUCUUGUCAACAAGAAUCAGCAAAGAAAGCUGGACGCAACCACAUCGAACAAAAAACGACUUGAAGUGAUCCGUACGAAGGCUCCCGCCGUGAUUGAAGAACAUAAGCGGAUCGUCGACGAAGCGUUUCUUAGUAAACUGAAAGCUCUCGUCGAACGGUUAAGGCUUGACAACACCAACUUGAAGAAAGCGCUCGACAUCGAGCGGGGCGAGGUCAGAGCGAUGAAGGCCCGACACGAAAGCACGCUUAGACAUUUAAGGACUGAAUACAAAAAGAAGGAGGAAUUUCUAGAAAAACAACUGAGAACAGUCUCUAAGCCAGAAAAAUCAGUGGAAGACACUCAAUAUGGCGUUAGCAAAAUUGUUGAGUUGAAACGUUUAACAACAGAGAUUCAGUCUUUAAAGUCAGCGAAUAGGAGCCUUCAAGAAAAACUAAAGGUGGCGCAGGCGGCGGAGUGUGCACGCGCGGCUGAACUGCGGGCUCAGUGCGCGAAGCACGCGGCCCUCGAACAGGCUGCUCGCAGGGAUGCGCGCGCGCAAUGCCACAAACUGCUGGAGGAAAUUAAAUCGAAAGAGCGGGUGAUAAUACAGCUGAAGCGAGAGGCGGCGCGGACGGCAGCCCCGCAUAAUGAACAGGCGCAAAGAAUGGAGUGCGGCACCUCGGAAAUCAGUAGAAAGCAACGUGGUGACCAGGUGAAAGAAAAAAGCAACCGAGAAGAUCUGAAAACCGAUAUACAACACAGGAAAGAAACAUUUUACAGGGAGGCCCCUUCAGACGAGGACUCGGCGGUGUCCUCUGCGCCCGCCUCUCUUUCACCACAGCCGCUCAGCGACAUGUGGUCGUGCGGUGAGUGCCGCUCGGCGGCGGAGCGCGCGGCCGCGGCGACGCGCGAGUGCACGCGGCUCGCCGACGCGCUGCGAGACGCGCGCGACCAACUCGAGCUCAUGGAGUUCCGACUGCUUGAGUUGGAGGACGCACAUCCCGAGAAGGGUGCUAGGGACAACCUAACUGACUCGGAUUCGGGCUGCGUGUCUCCCGGCUCCCGGAUAAAGGACUCCGCGUCGCCCGAACUCAAACGAAUGGAUUCAGGCUACAAAUCCCCACAGAUGCCAAGCAGCCCCUGCAACCCCCGUCGCCAUCUUGCUACACCCCACGAUGAUUUUAAAGAGGACUUCGCUAAAGCUCAAGUGUUGGCUGAAAUUUUGGACAGGAACUCCGAAACCAGUGACUCAUUAAGGAGUAAUCCAGUGAAGGAUCAUUUAGAACAGAUGAUAUUGAAUGCGGCUUCGGCGGAAGACAGAAGUUGCUUGGAACAGGUCUUAAUGUUAUUGUACAAUUACCAAGCACUUAGUAGUUCUGUCAGUGAAGACGAAUGUUAUCAGGCAAAACCGAAAAGAAUAUGCGAUUUGAAAUUAAAAUUUGAAGCCGACAUUCCACCGCACAAAACUCAUAAAGCAAUAGCCACUGUUACACCGUACCAGCAGAAAGGGUACAAGAGUGAAUCACUCGAGAGCCUUUGUUUAGAAGAGAGGAAACCUGUCAAUUUAUUACAAGAGAGUGGGAUUUUCGAAGAAGUUGAGACAGAAUCCAAGAGCACACAAACAGACGUCAACGAAAGCUUUGAGUGUUCCGGCGAAUUAAAUACUGAAAUACAACGACUGAAUAGCAUAAGGGAGAAAUUAGAAAGACAGGGAGUUAGAAAUAGGACUUUAAGCUCGAAAGAGGACAGCGAAGGGUUAGAGUGCAGAUGUGUAAAAUUGGGAAAGAAGCACAAACAGUAUUACGAGAGGAGGCUUAAAUUUCUCGAAGGGAAGAUAUCUAUAUACGAAGCGGCGCAAGACGUUAAAGAAGCGAAGCUAGCUCAGAGGCUACAGAAAGAGUUCUUACUUGAGAACAGGAUACAGGAGUUGGAAACUCAACUUGAAGAGCUUCAGGAAAAGUACGAGAGGCUAGAGGAGGAAUGCUGCGAGCUGGAGGAAAUUGAGAACGACACCCGUUUGCAUUGGCAGCAGCUAGAGAUGGAGUACGAGCUAUGCUCGGCGCAGCUGCGCGACAUGACGGAGCAGCGCGAGUGCUCGCGUGCGCACGCGCAGCGCCUGGCCGCCGAGCUGCAGCAGCGCGAUGCCGCGCUGCGAGCCCGCGAGAAAGAAUUGUUGUCGAGGCUUGAAGGCUUAGAGAAGGCAGUUCCGGCGUUAAUAGUUUGGAAUGUCAUGCAAACGGCGGGGACUUAUGUCUCCCCGGGAGGCAAGCAUGUACUGAUGUCUCGCAUGUGUCCAUUGAGUCACGAUGCCAAAACUGCGAUUGCGACGUUUAAACAGGGGUCCAUACCCACAAGUGGGCCGUUAGUCGCAUACAAUGACAUCACUGUCGUCAAUAGGCCUACUAUCAGAGAGCUUGAGAAGCAAAUCACCAAAUUAUUAGCAGAAAAGAGUGAAGUAGAGAAGAACGCAGAAAAAGUGAAGAAGUCCCUAGAGUUAAGGAUAAAACAGUUGGAAGAGGAACUGGAGACCGCAAGGCGACAGAUUGCGGCUGCCGAAUGUGGAGCUGAAGUUAAGAAAGAGAAGAUAGAAGAGAAAAUCGUCGAGUUAGAAGAAAAGAUCAGAAGAGAGAAAGACGCGGAGCAGAUGCCUGUCGAUCCAGUAACAAGCAAUAAAAUAAAAGCCUUGCUGCUCAAUGAACAAGAACUCAAAGCUCGUAUCGCCGAACUUGAGAGGCGAGAGACGGCCUAUUUGGAGAUGCUGACUCAAGCGGACGACAUGUGGGCGGAGAUGGAGGGAGGAUAUAAGAAGAGAAUAGAAGAGUCACAGACCACGGAAGCUCAGCUAAAGGGAAUGAUGACGAAAUUAGAAGCAGAAAGAGAUCAAUGGAAGGCGUGCUUCGAGCCGAUUAAGAAGAAACUGAGGGAAGUGGAAGAGUCCGAAUCUGGAAUGCGGAUAGCUUUAGAAAAAGCCGAAAGGGACACCAAGGCCCUGAAGAUGCAGAACUCUAACCUAACAGUUUUGUAUGGAAAGGCUGAAGCCGAAGCGAAAAAAUCAGAAGCGGCCUUCAGGGCGCUUGAUGCCAAGUUUAAAAAAGAAAUCGAACACCUACGCAAAAUGAACAAACAACUGGAUGAAGACCUGAAGAGUCACAAGGAACUGUCACGCAAGACUGAAGUUAGCUUCAUGGGAGAUCUGGAGUGCAUUAGAAAAGAACUGAACAGAGCUUGCAAGAAUAAUCAAGAGCUAGAAGUCACUAACAGUGAACUAAAGGAGGAGGUGGAAUCUCUGGAAAAGCAGCUAGCAUUGACACAAAAAGCACUAAACCAGUGCAAGAGGAAAUGUGACGAGAAAAUAAAGACUCUAAGCCACGAGCUGUCCAUAAAGACUGAGGAACUAGAGGAGAUGAGGAGCGAAAGUAUGCGACAGUCCUUACGCACCUCUAGAAUAGAUCUGAAGCCAGAGCGAACGGAGUACAUAGAUGAGGGCUAUUCUGUUUACACUGCUGUACCAAAGAAGACUGAUUAUGGGAGAAUGCAUCAUAGUAUGAGUUACAUAACGUCGGAAUCACGUUGUACCUGCCCAUCGAUGAGAAGUCAACUAGUCAGUCAGCUGAUUGAGGACCUAUUCGAUAGGAUGCAGAACGUCAUAGAUGACGAUCUAACUAGGCUUUGUAAAGACAUCGGGUCGAGUAACGGUGAAAUUAAUGCAGAAACCAAAUCAAAAAUUACGAAUUACCUCUUGAUGGCGAUAUCAAAAGAGUUAAUCAGGUCCAUAGGAGAUGCUGAUGCUAAGACUGAAACCGAGGAGUGGAGACGCGCGGUGUCGUCGUACACCGGGGGCGCGGCGGGCGUGGGGGGCGCGCGGGUGGUGGGCAGCGCGUGCGUAGCGGCGGGCGCGGUGCGGCUGGCCAGCGUGAGCUGCGCGUGCGCUGCGGCGCGUCUUUGUGCCGCGCUGCCUGCGCUCACCGAUACCGUCAACGUCUGCCAGGAGGAAGUCUUGGAGCAUGGUGAUGUUAAAAUAAUGGAGGAGCAGUUAGCGAAUGCUAUUGAAAGUAUUGUUAAUUGUCCGUCAUGCGCGUUGGGUACAAAUGCGAUAGUUUGGAGCACUGACGUCUAA